AGCCACUAGAGAUUGACAGCUCGAGAGAAAAAAAGGAAGAAGGAAAAUUUGUUCAGCUCACGCCAUUGCCAUCCGCCGUAGAGGAUGAAAACUUUCGGAAACUUUUCGCGUUCAUUUUAAGCUGCUUUCGGUACACAAGCUGUACCACCGACAGGAAUUACAUCUGACUGGAAAUAUUCGCUUCAUAUGAGAGGAUUUACGGGUCGGGCGAGCUGAAAAACGCACACUGUCAUCGACAUUUUAUAGGAAACUGAGGGGAAAUUAUAUGCUAGUCAUAUUUUAAAGACUUCUCACUGACACCAGACAACCAUGUCCGGGGGUAUCGGUAUAUAUGCGGUCAAGAAACGAAAAAAGCCCGUUCAGAAAAUCCCCAAACCACCACCACCCGAUGGCAUUAAAUCCAACCCCUCCAAACGGCACAGGGAUCGGCUGAACGGUGAAUUGGACAAGCUGACCAACCUCCUGCCCUUCUCAGAGGACGUCCGUGCGCGGCUGGACAAACUAUCGGUCCUUCGACUAAGUGUUGGAUACCUGAAGGUCAAGAGCUUCUUCAAUGCCACACUAAAAAAGACAGGAGGAGCUGGAUGGCUCGGCGAGCAUUCAGGGACAUUUGGAGGAAAUGGACAGGCAGCCACCAGUCUAGAUGGAGUCAGCUUCUCAGAGGGGGAAAUGUUGUUGCAGGCUCUCAAUGGCUUUGUGUUGGUGGUCACCGCCGAAGGUUACGUGUUUUACUCCUCUCCAACUAUACAGGACUACCUGGGCUUUCAUCAGUCGGAUGUGGUCCACCAGAGCGUAUUCGAGCUCAUUCACACAGACGAUCGCGCAAUUUUCCGAAGGCAACUACACUUCGCUCUCAACCCCACAUCGUGUGACGCUGAUGGCUCUGAUGGAGUGCAGAACAGCAGUGACAUCACCAGAGACAUGGUCAACUACAAUCCUCAACACAUCCCGCCAGAGAACUCCUCCUUCCUCGAACGGAGCUUCUGUUGCCGAUUCCGUUGUCUCCUUGACAAUUCAUCCGGCUUCUUGGCCCUGAAUUUCCAGGGGAGGCUGAAGUAUCUCCAUGGACAAAACAAGAUUGCAGAAGAUGGGACCAUAGCCCACUCCCAGCUUGCUCUUUUUGUCAUAGCCACACCCCUCCAGACACCCUCCAUCUUGGAGAUCAGGGUCAAGACUCUACUUUUCCAAACCAAACACAAGCUGGACUUCACACCAUUGGGGGUUGACUCAAGAGGAAAGGUGGUUCUUGGCUAUACUGAGAUGGAACUUUGUAUGAGAGGUUCUGGAUAUCAGUUCAUCCACGCUGCUGACAUGAUGCACUGUGCAGAUAACCACAUUAGAAUGAUCAAGACAGGAGAGACUGGUUUAACAGUCUUAAGACUUUUGUCUAAAUGGGGUACAUGGAUCUGGGUGCAGUCCAAUGCUAGGCUUGUUUAUAAAGGAGGAAGGCCAGAUUUCAUUAUUGUUCGACAGAGAGCACUAACUAAUGAGGAAGGUGAGGAACACCUUCGUCAAAGGAAUUUGCAGCUACCCUUCAACUGUGCAACCGGUGAGGGUGUCCUGUACGAAGUUUGCCCCACACUUGACGUCAAAGACAUUCAAUAUCAGAGUAAUGGCCAGAGGAUGCUCAAACCUCCAUCUCUGGACCCAGGAUCUCUUCUUGGAUGCAUGUUGAAGCAGGACCGUUCACUCUACAACCAGAACAAUGACCCAAAUUCCCAGUUUACCCUGGAUAGGGUUUUUGGGGACAGCCACGCCCUGUUCAAUGUUCCUGGGAACACCUGGCAGCCAUCGGACCCAAAUACGGUGUCUGGAGUCAAGGAGGAAGGUGUCGUAAAGGACAUGAUGGAAACCCUACAGCAGAUUAUUGGAGAUAGCACUCUUUGCGACAGCCUUAAAGAGCUUGAUGUGCACAGUUUAGAGCUGAAGGAAUGGGAAAAUACUUUGCUCAGGAUGAACUGCAACAGUGAUAUGAAUUUCAAUGAAAACCUCACCAACGACAUUCUCAGCUAUGUUGAGGAUGCAUUAUUUAAGGAAAAUGUCAUUCAGUUGCCUGAACAGAUAAAGGACCAGAGUGCAUUUGUUGAUAUGCACGAGUGCCUACCAGAGAUAGAAUUACAAAACACCUUAGCUGCUAACCAGGCAUUCAACAGCCAGCCAGGGAAUCUCCUCGCUGGCUCACCAGGUCAGGGUGGGUUUAUUGGAAUGAGUAUCCAAGAGGAUGCCGGCAAUCCUGGAAGUUUGCCAGCAAAGCUCACCCAUAUGGGGCCGCAGAUAUCUAUUGGACAGCAGAUGCUACCUGACAAUACUUUCAUCCAGUCAUUCGGACUGGAUCAGACGCCCCAAAAGGCAACCACCAAUAAUAGCAUUCUAUUUAAUCCUUCUCCUGCCAUCCAGUGUAGUCAGCCCCAGAACCAAUUCCAGCUUGGUCUGCAAUCCCAGCAGCAGGUCCUAAAUGGUGUCUUGCAACAGAAUGGAAUGAUACCAGGCCAGAGGAACAUACAGACUGGAAAUCAGCCCCUUCCAAAAUUAAUGACCCUCCCUCUUCAAAGCCCUUUUUUGCAGGGCAACACAGCCCAGCCAAUGGGCAUCCCCAAUCAGAAUUCCUUUCCACAACAUCAGCCAAUUAGUCAGAACCCUCAGUGGGUACCCAAAAGCAACAAUAUGGUGAAUAAGCUGUUGGACAAUUGUGGCCAUACAGUUUUGGUCACACAAGAUGCCACAGGACUGCACUCUGCACCUACCACUCACCUACAAGGACAGUUUUCUGUUCACACUCAAAAACCUGCUUGGUCGAUGUCCCAGUCUACCACUCAACAGGUCCCUAAAUCACUGUCAAGUGGGCAUCAGAAUAUGACAGGUCUUUAUGGCCAAAUAACAGACUUCCAAAGAGACCCACUUGGGCAGCUAAUGCCGCAGACAAACGCACAAGGAUUUGGGGGUGGCUUCUUGCCCCAGACAACUGCUAACAACAUCUAUCCUCAGCAAGGGGAGAUGAUCAACAAUGGGCCCCCUCAGACCACCAACAGCUGCAUGUUCGUAAACACGAUGUGUUAUGGUUCUGCAGAUCCGGUAUCUUGCCAGAGAGCGAAAGCUCUGGUUACCCAGAGUCCUACACAUGCAUCCUGCUACUACCAGAGAGGCCCUAGCAAGUCAGCUGUGGCCACAACGGUCAUCCCACAAGAGGACACCAACAUCAGCCCCAUGGCCUGCCAGGUCCCUUUGGGGUUGACUCCAGAAACCAUACUUGAUCAGCAGUAUCUCUCUUGCAAUGGCCAGACGCAGAUCGCAAACAGUCCACUGGAGGAGAAAGGAACGUUCCACUUUCCCUCGCUGGCCAACGAAACCACAUACUUUUCCCAGAACAACCAAAGCAAUUGUUAUGACUAUUAAGAGACCUAUCUCACCCGUUGCAGUGACUGCCACGUCAACGGUCUGACAAGCAGUACCGGUCAUAAAAAAUAGUAUGCACGCAUAAAUACCGCAACUUGUUCAUCCCUUGAGAGAGAGAGAUGCUUAACGCUUCUGAUGAGACUCUUGUCUGAAAGCCUAUGAGAUAUUAAGUAUCUUUAAGAGGCAUUUUAGCUCACUCAUCCACCACACACUUUUUUAAUCUCUCGUCUACUUGUUCAGUAGUUCACACCCUCUCUGACGAGAAAUAAGCAGUUGCAAAAUGGAAAUAUUUAUUUUUUACUGCAUGCUGUUCGUCCCUGAUAGAUCUUUUUUUAGCAUCAUUCUGGCAAGGAAAAAAGUGCAAAAGAGAGCGUGAUGGCAAGGAGAGGUGUGUGAGCGAGUGCAUAUGUGUGUGUUUAUAGUGGAGAAGUCUAGAGUUCAUUUUUGAAGUAUGCAGAAGGAACGGUGGAUCCUUUUAAUUGCAACAAUAUUUCGGUGAAAUCAAUACAAGGUGCACACAAGAUGCCAUUUCAACUCUAAAGGGAAAGGCGUCCUCAAUCGAGAGGGAAAAGUCUUGAGCUAAACCCUCUUGUUUUGCUACCUAUCUACUCAAGAUGGUGGAAUUUCCCACCCGUAGACCUUAAUGUAAACCCUAAUGUUGGCAGUUGACUGGACUCCCAAGACCGCAUUUUGUCGCGAAUAAUCCAUGGAGUGUGUAUUUACGGUGUACUAUAGGAACGAAUACUCUACUAUUUGCCUGCGUGACAUCCUUGGUCUGUCGGAACAAAUUGCUGAUAUGUUGACGGCAAGAUUGUCCCAGAACUGCCCUGAAGUUCCACCUACAUUGACUUUCUGGACAACAGCAACAAAAGGCUGAAGGUCUUAUCGAACACCAUCAAACCCAGAAAAUUGGACAGCCAGAUUUGCGGAAAAAGCGACAUAUAAUUGGAUUGUCCCAUGGACAUUUUCAAUGCAAGCGAACUCUGGCUCUUUUUUUCUUUUAUUAUUUUGGCUGUGGAACACUGUCAUCAAGGAGUAAAAACAAAAACGUAAAGACUUUAGUUCUCUGGACACCCUGCUUUUUUCACUUUUUAUGGCUACAUUAACCAUAUGUUUCAUGUGUAUUAAAACAAUAUCAGAAUGUUAAGAUGCAGCUUAUCAUUUAUUUGUUCAGUUUUGUUUGUUUAAAAAUGUAUUUUUUACUCUUAUGCGUAUAAUCGCAACUAUGGAAAUGCCAAUGAGCCAUUUUUGUCUACUUUUAAUUUGCUGAUAACCGCUACGCUCUUUUCUUUUAGUUUGCUUUUGCUUUAACACUUAUAUGGAAGAAUUCUAGGCAUUCUUAAACCGUGUUACGUGCCACGACAACUGCACCAGCCAGCCGAGCAUAUCCUGCCUCCAGAAAGAAGGCCUAAAUUUGCCGUAAAAGGAAGCAAGUGAAAUUUGAGAGUUUUCAGAACACACGCAGUAGACUAGUUGUCAAAGCCUUAGUCGAGAGUGAACGAUCGCAAACAACAAUAAAUAAUCAUGAUAAGAAGAUUUAACGAUAUUUAAGAUUUUAAGAUGUUUAAUGAUUGUGGCCACAGUGAAAUUUGAACUACGUCUUUGUAAAUCUAUACCGUCAUCAAGACUUAAUAUAUCAGGAAAUACAGCAGGAGCCAAAAAUGUUAGUACGUAGAGAAGGGCCUCAUUCAUGAAACACAAGCCAAACUAAUUUCUGUACAAAAUGUUUGUAAAACAAACAUUUAAAUUGUCGCUUUUAAACAGAUUUACACAAGAAUGGGUUUACAAAUUAUUUACUCAGAAAUGUGAACACUUGAAGGCUCUCGUUUAUGGGAAACGAGUUGUACCAAUUUCUGUGUAUAUCGUAGAGUUGGGGUACCAUCUGUGAAUCCAAGUCGCGGGUCCAAUUUUAAUGGACUGGUCACGGACUCGAGCCUUUGGGCCGAGUCCAUGGCAUUUGAUUUGUGAUGCAAUGAACUAAAUAAAUAAAUAAAAAUAACGAAACAGAAAUAAAUGGACACUCUGUCAGCAAGCAGUUGCUGUACCCCCUGAUGUCAUAGACGUACCAGAGUUUGUAUCACCGUGUUGAACAAACAAACCUGCAGAGCCGCACACUCAGUCAACCAAUACGCUUGCAUGUUAUUACGGAGACUGCUGUAUAACAUCGAAUAUCGAAGUGGCUGGCAUAACGAACACAUAAAGACGUAGCCAAUGUAAUAGAAACUACAAGGCAGUUUCGCACACAGCACGGGACCUGACAACUGGUAAAAUCACACGCGGCGUUUGUGCAGCCAAGACGGUGGUUUCGUCGUGGUUAAGAAGUUCAUAAAGUCAAAUCACCCACAUUAUGUCUCUCAAAGUUUACUGAAACAACAUAUAAAAAUACAUAAAAAUAGUAUUAAUAUUGGGCUAUUCAUGUUUUUUUAGGCGUAAUGUUUCCACACAUGUAGUCUCUUGUGGUCCACGCAGUGUUGUCAGCUUGAACUGGUCCUUGAUUAAUUAACUGGAACUUUUUAAACAGUCGGGAAAACAAUUAUUAUUGCUAAAGCUGACAGCAACUCUGAAAAACAGAUAAACAGCACCUGUUGUUUUUCUCUUUUAAGGGCAUUGACGGGCUGCUUAAAAAAAAGAAAAAAAUUAUGUUUUUUCCACUAUAAAAUACACAAUGAAAUAUGAAGUUAUUUUGGGCAGCGAAAUGUUUUGUUUAUAAUUGAAUUCUACAUUGGGUGAUCAGACGUCCCGGUUUUUGGUAGGGUCACUGAUUGUUUCUUCAUAAAUUAAAUUGUCUUUCUCGCUAUUGUCUCUGGUAUCGUUUGCAGAGAAGAAAAUCUAUUUUGUUGCGUCGCACGUUGAUUUGACGAUUCAUUCUAGUCUUCAGCAAAUCAGCUGAAAUGUAUCUGGUUACCAGGGCAUACCUAUGUCAUCCUGUCAGUCGUGUAAAUUCUCAGCAAAUGCUAACUACUACGCUGACUCAUUUUUUCCCCAAAUCAGUUGACAGAUAGAGACAAAAAUGUACAGAGUUUACGGUUACAAUUUGAAUUCAGAUUCAUGAACAGGUUCAUUCGGACUCAACUCGGACUCGGCCUGUUAUGGAUUCGGUCUUGACUCGAUUGUUUAAAGACUCGGACUUGACUCAGACUCCACUAAGGUGGAUUCGAACCCAACACGUAAAACCACUCUUGCGAAUAAUUUGUCACAAUGUGUCGCAAGAAGUUUCCACAACCGUAAUAAAGUUCUGCUUGUAUUUCAUGAUUGAGGUCCAACAUUUGCAGGCCCCUUUGUGCCUUAUUUUAGUAGAAUAUAAAGCCAUUUUAUGAGAUUGUAUAAUAGCAUUACGAAUGUGUAGACAAAUAUCAAAACAGAUUUGUGUGAAACAUUUCUCUUAGCUAGGGAAAUAUGACUGAUUGGUUUUAUUGUAAAAGUCUAAUUGCUACCUACUUUUUGAAAGUAAUUUUAUAUGAACCCUUUGCCUUAAUUUGCGUGUAGAAUGUUGUAGUGCUUCUGCUUGUGAGAUAUUGUACUUUCUUGAAAGUAUGAUGUGAUGAUAAUGGCGAAAACUGUGUAUAUAUAGUACCCUCAAAGUCAUGCACCCAAAAAUGUUCCUUUAAUCAUUUAAAAUGGGAACACUCUGUGCCUUAAUUUCUUUCUCCCCAAGGAUAUUUCACUUAUUGCCUUCCUUUUUUCUCUCUUUUUGGCUGAAAUGAUCUUGGCUUGCAGAGGAGCAAAGGAUUUGAAAUGGCAUCUAUAAUUGAAUCUGAGAAGCCACUUUUUUUUAACAACUGAUUGUUGUUAGCAUGGACUAAACCGGUUAUGCUAGGGUAUGCUAGUAUGCCAAGUGUUGUACAUAGCCUCUCAGUUCAAGACUCGCCCGACUGUCUUCAUAACUUAAUUCAUCCGAGUGCUUAAAACUGCUUUCAUUUCCGAGAUUAGCAACUUUUGUUGCGUUUUUAGUUUUCGUUCGUGCUGAGCGCUAAUGGAAAUUAGUUUUGGCUUUCAUGUUGUGUAAAUAAAACGUUUUGUAUUUGUUCGUCAGGUGUCAGCUGGUUUAGAGCAGAGGUUGGUAAAUUGCUCAGUGAAUGUAUGAUUAAUAGUUGGUUCAUGAAUCACUUCGUUGACUAUUAAUUAGUAACGUUGGUUCAUAGGAAUAAAUACGCACAAAUAAUAGCCAUGCAUUUAUUUUGUUCUGAUUCUGUUUUAUUGCCUUAAAAUUUAUAUAACAUUGCAUCCUAACCAGGCAACUCCUUGAGUGUAUCCUUGAGUUUUCAUCCUAACCAGCCACGAUCGUGACAUAAUGCACGACAGAAAAGUUUGUCCGUCAUUGGUCGCAUCGCAAUUCUGCUUCACAUAGCUCUGUAUAUUAAACAUUAAAUAUGUUUUAAAUGGCUUGUGUAAGCUUUUUCGCUUUCAAUGUCAUCAGAUAAAUAUUUGCGCCUGGCUAGGAAACGUUUUAUGCAGUUUCGUGUUCAACACGAUUCAUCCAUAUCUCUCAAGUUACUCUUUAUUUUAGAGUGGUUUCAUAAAGGUGCCUCAACAUUAGUAAUUUUUGACUGGAUAAGGUUAAGUGAUCCAAAAAAACGACACUUUCAUUUCCUUUGCCAACAGUGCCAUUUGUUACAACAGUUUUAUAAUCUGUACAAUAUCAAUACACAUAUUUCAUAGAACUACCUAACAUUUAACUCACCAUGUGCCAAAUAUUGUCUAUUCAUACAACACAUUUUAGGAUACCCUCCUCCAUCACCACUAAACUAUGCAUCCUUUAGAAAGAAAUUAUUGCACUUGCUUGACGCUUGCGUAACGUGUUUAUGAGGUCUAUCAUUAAAUGCAGUAUCUUUGUUUAUUUGAUGUAUCAUUGUAUGUUUCUAUGCUUGUUUAUUUCUUUCUUUUCACCCAGCAUUGUAAAUGCUUAUACAUGUACUACGCUGCCUGGCCAAAAAAAAAGUUUAGCAGAUACUUAAGAGCCUAUGAUUGGAUCAUUAUUGCAGUGAUUAAUAUGUUUCAGCUGGCAACAAUUAUUUUAACCCUAACUGAUGCAGUGUGUAGCUUCUCAUUUCUUAAACAACCAUGUCGUUAGAUGUAUCCCGUGGUUGUGGAAAAGAUGUUACUGUGUUCCAGAAGGGGCAAAUUAUUGGCCUGCAUCAAGCAAAGAAAACAACUAAGGAGUUUGCUGAAAUCACUGGGAUUGGGUUAAGAACUGUCCAACGUAUUAUUAAAAACUGGAAGGAUAGUGGUGAACCAAGAGCUUUGAGGAAGAAACGUGGUCUGAAAAAUCUCGAAUGAUCGCGCUUGAAGUCACAUCGUAAGACAUCGACAGUUGAACUCACGGCUAUGUUUAAUAGUGAAAUUAAGAGUAUUUCCACACACACACAAUGCGACGAGAACUUACAGGAUUGGGACUAAACAGCUGUGUGGCCACAAGAAAGCCACUUGUUAGUGAGGCUUAUCGGAAAACCGACUUCAGUUUGCUAGGGAGCAUAAAGAUUGGACUGUGGAGCAAUGGAAAAAGGUCAUGUGGUCUGAAGAGUCCAGAUUGACCCUAUUCUAAAGUGAUGGCCACAUCAGGGUAAGAAGGGAAGUGCAUGAAGCGAUGCACCCGUCAUGCAUACCUCAAUGUACAAGCCUCCGGAGGCAGUAUUAUGAUCUGGGGUUGCUUCAAUUGGACCGGUCAAGGCUCAGCAACAUAAUGCGGCAAUAAAAUGAGGUCAUCUGACUACCUGAAUGUACUGAAUGACCAGGUUAUCCCAUCAAUUGAUUUUUUUCUUCCCUGAUGGCACGGGCAUAUUCCAGGAUGACAAUGAUAAGAUUCAUUGGGCUAAAUUGUGAAAGAGUGGUUCAGGAAUCAUUUUCACUCAUGAAUUGGCCACUACAGAGUCCUGACCUUAACCCCAAUGAAAGUCUUUGGGAUUUUAGACUUUACGGAGUGGUUCAACUCUCCCGUCAUCAAUACAAGAUCUCGGCCAAAAAUGAACGCAACUCUGGAUGUAAAUAAAUGUUGUUCAACGUUGUUGAAACAAUGCCAUGACGAAUGUCCGAUGUAAUCAAAGCUAAAGGUGGUCCAAUGAAAUAUUAGAGUAUGCGACUUUUAUUUUUGGCCAGGCAGUGUAUAUAUACUAUUUUGUACAUUGUUCUGCACAACUGUAAAAUCUAUAUACGUUAAUGGAUGUCCCACAAAUACAGGCUGUACACACACAUCUAUAUUAUAUACAUAUAUAUAUAUAUAAUAUAGCUCAUGUUUGUUUUGUAUUAUCAAAUUAUUAACUUUUUGUUGUGGCUCUCAAUAUUGAUAUCUUUAUCAUAUUAAAGGGGGUCGAUGACUCAAAAGACUUUAGUGGAUCUUUUUAUUAGA